AUGACUGUGUUAUUGUACCUUGUAGUAGAAUAUUUAAUUAAAACUAUUUUCUAUUCAGUGGUUGUGAUUAUUAUAGCCAUCUUUGGCACGAGACUGUGGGUUGAACCUUUUAAGGCAGUGUGUAAAUGCAAGACGAGCCUAAAGGGGAAAGUCGCACUCGUCACAGGCGGAAAUGCCGGCAUAGGAUUAGAGACUGCAAGAGGUCUAGCUAAAAGAGGAGCCAAAGUCAUAAUAGCAAGUAGAGACGAAGAAAAAUCUAAAGAAGCAGUAGCUGAUAUCAUCAAAACAACAGGAAACUCAAAUGUAGAAUAUAGACGUUUGGACUUAUCAAAAUUUUGGAGUAUCAGAAAAUUCACAGAUGAUUUUAAUAAAGCAUUCGAUAGAUUGGACAUCCUUGUCAACAAUGCUGGAGCGGGAGGUCUAGCUGAAUCCCUCAACGAAUACGGUAUUGACCGUGUGACCCAAAUCAAUUAUGUGGGACCAUUUUUACUAACCAAUUUGCUUCUUAAAAAAUUGAUACAUUCAAAACCUAGUCGAAUCGUUAUAGUUUCGUCAUAUGCAAAUAAUUUGCACAGCUUCGAUAUAAAGGAUUUGGUUGGUAAAAGAAAAAUAGGUAUUUGGAAGAAGUAUUGCAACACUAAAGUAUGCAACAUCAUGUGGGCAAAAGCUUUAGCAAAGCGUUUGCCUGAAGGUGUCACUGCGAACUCUUUACAUCCAGGUAUUGUGAAAACUGAUAUAUUCAUAAGACUAACGAAGUAUUUAAAAAUAAUUUUGACAUGGGUGAUCGGUGCAUUCUUUAAAACACCAGAAGAAGGUGCACAGACUUCCAUUCAUCUGUGCGUAGCUCCCGAAUUAGCUGAAGUAACUGGCAAAUAUUUCUCUGACUGUAAAUUAAGUGAUCCUGCAAAAAUUACUACGAAUGACCAGUUAGUGGAUCAGUUGUGGGAAGAAACUAUGCUGUUGGUGGAAAAUAAGUAUUAG